GUUUGGAGGCAUCUUUGAGCUCACCGAGUAGACAUUAUGAGCAAAGCUCACCCUCUCGAGUUGAAGAAAUUUAUGGACAAGAAAUUACCAUUGAAAUUAAAUGGUGGCAGACAUGUCCAGGGAAUACUGCGGGGAUUUGAUCCCUUGAUGAGUCUUGUGAUAGAUGAAUGUGUAGAGAUGGCGACUAGUGGACAGCCGAACAACAAUGGAGUGGUGGUAACAUGA